AUCGUGUUCAUCGGAAUAUUUGGAACUCCGUUUAGGGCCAACGAUUUCUUCUCGUUCGUCGACGCCAUGAACGAGGUCGAUUCGAUCAUCGUGAUUUCCGACGCCAAAAGGGCGAGGAGGGUAUCGAUUUUGCGACUGUGCACGGUCUUAACGGCGGCGACCGCCAUACUCAUAUCCGAUUUGGCUAUGUGGUGGACCAUAGGUGAUCAGUCCCAGGGUAGCGAUUUUUUAAUCGGUAACUACGUCCCGUUCUACACCUCUUACUACGUCAUCCUUUUCCUCGAGUGCCAAUAUUGGCACUUGCUCUACUGCAUCAAGCGAAGGUUGCAGCUGCUGAACGCCUGCUUGAAAAUCAACGGCGUGACUCCGGAAGAUGCCAUUCGAGGUGUCAUCAACAAACCCUUUAGCCUCUUUAGGAAGACGCAGAAAUCGGAACCGAAGGUGAUUAGCGUAAUCGAUGCGCUUGGUAGGCAGAAGACCAUCGUGGACAUCUUCUUCAUACGCAACGCGGGCAAGUUGCAAGACAAAUCGGUCAACGACUACAUUGUGAAACUGACGCGGGUCUACCUGAAGCUGUGCGAUGCGGCGGACUGCGUCAACAACUGCUGCGGUCUGAGCAUUCUGAUUAUUUUAACCAGCUGUCUUUUGCACCUGGUGGUUACCCCCUACUUCUUGGUCUUGGAGAUUUUGGGUAGGAAAAACGUUCUGGUCGCGACCAUACAAAUGGUGUGGAUAUUUACGCAUUUAACUCGUCUGGUGAUCAUCGUCGAAGCGUGUUACGCCUGCACGUCGGAGGCGAGGAAAAUACGUCCGUCUAUUUGUAAGUUGCUCUGCUACGAUUUCGACGAAGACACGAGGAAACAGCUGGAGCUGUUCGCGGCUGAGUUGAAUCACCGGCAGAUUGAGUUUACUGCUUGUGGGCUCGUCAGAAUAGAUCGAGCUUUAAUAACAUCGGUACGUAUUCGCCGAGGAUACGAAUAUCUAUCGCAUACGAUUUUCAGUAAGGGAAUUUUUGGACACGGGAACGCGACUUUUAAUCCGGCUCCUAUUCAAUAG